AUGGUUUACAUCAUGGAAAUCUAUACCGACGGUGGCUGUAGAGGCAACGGACGACCAGGAGCAAUAGGCGCUGCUGCCGCCAUUAUCAAGAAAAGAAAUGGGAGAUACGAUUCUUGGACAAGAUCCCUACCCCUAUAUCCCGCACCCACAAACCAGCGGGCCGAAAUCACAGCCAUCAUCCUUGCACUGGAGCUAGCCCUGGAAAAGCUGGAAGAGCUAGACACACAGCCAUAUCUAAAUGUCACGAUCUAUUCGGAUUCCAGAUAUGCGAUCGGGUGUAUGACAAACUGGAUUUACAAGUGGACCAGAAACGGAUGGACCAAUGCUGCGGGCAACGAGGUUGCGAAUCGAGAUCUUCUUGAGGAAGCUUCCGAUCUUGAUGAUAGGUUGGAUGAGGUGGGAGACGUGAAAUAUAUCUGGAUUCCGAGGGAGAAGAAUGAGCAUGCGGAUAGAUUAUGCAAUGAGGAUAUGGACGACCAAUGA